ACUUCAAUAACCACAACCACCGUUCACAUUUUCACAACACAAAAUGCUCUUAAGUUAAUUUUUCACUGAUUUCAAUGACAUUGGAACAAAAUUAAUGGCACUCUUAAACGUUUAUUGACCACAGCAAAUCAAGUUAAGGAUAUAUGCGCAAUAUUGUAAUUAUGUAAACUUUGUGAACCCUCAAGCACCACCCCUCCUCCAGAUUACUAUUAUAUAAGGAGGAGUUAAUCAGAAGGGUUUGGCACGUUUUUUCUUAUUAUUCAUUUUGAGCGGUAAAAAACCAGUUGAUUGUAUUAAUCAGAUGAUUAUAUCGUUUUGGCGGGUUAAUAUGCAUUGCGUAGUACGGAGAUACGGACGCGUCCUUACGUCAAGGCUUUGCCGAACAUUCAGCAGUAUGACGAGCAAACCAAAUCGGCCUUUUACUGUCGUGGUGGAAGGAAAUAUUGGCAGCGGCAAGACAACCUUCCUAAACCAGUUCAAGAGGAUGCCAGAAGUCAUAGCUUUGGCUGAACCCGUUGAAAUGUGGCGUGAUGCAAAUGGGCACAACCUUCUAGACUUGAUGUACGAAGACCCAUCUAAAUAUUCAAUGGCUUUUCAAAGUUAUGUCCAACUGACAAUGCUGGAGAUGCAUCAGGCAAACUUUGACGUUCCCAUUAAAGUGAUGGAACGCUCGAUUCACAGCGCAAGGCACUGUUUUGUGGAAAACCUCUACAAUUCUGGAUUCCUUGCGAGUGUCAACCGUGCCGUUCUUGAUGAGUGGUACAAGUGGAUCUGCAAUACACAGGAUGUCAAUGCUGAUCUCAUUGUUUAUUUGUACACAACCCCAGAGACUGCUUUUGAGAGAAUUCAACAUAGAAAUAGAAAUGAAGAGAAAAAGAUUUCAAUGAGCUACCUAAAGACUUUGCAUGACUUGCAUGAACACUUCAUUCGAUCUGGACUAACGAAGCGAUUUUGCAAAGCACCAGUGAUAGAGAUUGAUGCAAACAAGGACUUGUCCGAGUUGUCAGCCAAAUUUGAUGAAUGCCGAGAAAGAAUCAUGAAGAGCUCAGUUAACAACGACAACCAAUUGUUGGAGUUGGAAACCUUGCAGUGAGAAUGUUGAGCUCAAAGUAUGGUAGUUUGUGUAGAGGCAUUUAUUAGCAACGUAAAAAGCAUUCCUCUCUAAAUUUUUAUUUCUACGAAUCUGUGGCCAAUUAUCUAAAUAGAAUUAAUUAAAAAAAAAAAAGACAACAAGUUUUGACAUUUGCACUUUUUAUUGUGUAGAAAAAUAAAUUUUGAAUAUGAAA